GAAGGCAAGAGGAAGGCAGCAGUUUUCCUCUGCCCUUGACAGACGGCCGCCCGGCGGCACCCGGGGGUCCCGCCAUGCCGCGCGCGCGCGGCCGUGGUACGCGUCGGAGGCCUCGGCCUGCUGCGUCGCGGGCGCGGCGGAGGGGGCGGCGGGUGCAGGCACAUGGCUUGGGCCCGACGCCGCGCUGCCAGACUUCGACUGCCGGACAGGCCCGCCGUGGGAGGAGGUCUGGGGCGACCUGCUCGCGUUCCGGCAGUCGGUGAUGGUGUUGGCCUCCACCGGGAGUGCCCGUGCGACAGGCUACCGAGGCGAGGGCGGGGAGCGCGAGAUCUGGGCCAACUACGUCGACCUGCUCUUCCGCCUGCACGCCUCAGGGCCAGCUCUUUCGGACGACAGCCUGCAGGCCGAGUGCCCCUUCGGCUUCUUCGCGCUCUCGAUGGCUCGGUGGGGGGCGUGCGCGCUGUUGGAGGGCCGGGGCGGCUUGGAGGAGCGCUGCGAGUCUCUGCGGGUCGGCGUGGGCCGAGUGCUGCUCGACGCGCCUUUCGGUUUGUGCAAGUUCGAGCUCGCCCUGCCAGCGAUGGUAAACUCGCGCUGGACGACAGUGGCGUUGCAGAUCGCAGAGAAGCUGCGUUUCCUCGUCAGGGGCUACGACGCAUUGCUUGACCCAGACGGCGUCAUUCACGACGACUACGAUUGCAGCCAUUUGUCUGGUGCGACGCUGAAUUGGGACGAGUACGCAGAGAUGCUGCUGGCUGGGAGGACCCAGUAUGGCGGCAGCAACACAACGACGAAAUUCGUGUUCGGGUCCCGGUUUGACAAAAGCCUCGCGGACGAGUGCUUGCUGGGCUUCCUCAUGAUGUUGCUGGAGAAGCUCAGAAUGGCGCAGCUGAUGAAGACCGAGGAGUACGACGUCUUCGCCCACGGUGUUGGUGCCGUCCUCGUCCGCCUGGAGCACUCCAGGAUCUGGCGCCUCGCGCCGAGGCCCCGCGACAGUCUCACCGUUCUCAUGCUCUCCCGGUGGCCCGUCUUCAACCUGCUCUGCUCCAUCGCGUACCAGGCCCAGGCCGUCCGGGAGGACCAGAGGACCCACGGCUACCAGCACAAGCCGUACGACCUGGACUUCUGGCCCGGCGAGAUCCUCACCGCCCCGGAGGAUCGCGGUGCCAUCUCCGCCCUCCGCGCGCUGCCGCGCGCCGACCACGCGCGGCUGCUGCGCACCCGGCGGCAGGGCCGCGUCAGCGGCGCCCUGCGCGCGCUGCUGGCCGCCUUGCUGGUGGCGCUCGGGGAGGAGUCGGAGGAGGGCGCGGCGCCGGAGGCGCCCAGAGCGAAGGUCGUGCUGGUCACCAUGGUUUGGGGCGCGCGCCUCUCGCGGUACCUCGCAGGCGCGCUGCGGCGCGCCGGGGCCCACGGCCUCGCUCGCCGCGCGGUGGUCUUCUGCCUCGACGGCGUCUCCUGCGGGGCGUGCCAGGAGGUUCACCCCUACCCGUCGUGCUGCGUGCCAGGCAGCCUGCAGACGAUCUACAACAAGUACACCAUCCUGUCCGCCGUGGUCGGCCUCGGUUUCGACGCGCUGUACCUCGACUUCGACACGGUGCUCCUGGCGGACCCCCUGCCGCCGAUCCUGGCGGCCGCCGCGCAGGCGGAGGUGCUCGUGAGCCGCGACUUUGGGAGCACGUGCCUGAACACCGGCGUCAUCUUCCUCAAGGCGCACGCGGACACGGCGACCCUGCUGAACACCCUGCUCGUGUGGCUGUGGCACCACCCGUACGAGUUCUCCCAGAAGGCCUUCAGCGCCUUCCUGCUCGUCGAGAACGUGACGUCCGAGCCCGGCGGUCUGCCCGUGCAGCGGGACCUCCGCUGGGCGGUGUUGGACCCGCACAACCAGUUCGUGACCAGCACGGUGUACAACCCGGACGUGGAGGGCUGGACGGGCGACCUGGGCGACAUUGUCGUCUUCCACUUCCUCGACGGAACUGAACGGGCGGCGUAG